AUGGUCCGAGUCACUAUAAAAGGUGGUGUUUGGAGAAAUACAGAGGAUGAAAUUCUCAAAGCGGCUGUUAUGAAAUAUGGAAAAAAUCAAUGGUCUCGUAUUGCAUCUUUAUUACAUCGAAAAUCGGCUAAACAAUGCAAAGCAAGAUGGUUUGAAUGGUUAGAUCCAGGUAUAAAAAAAACAGAAUGGAGCCGCGAUGAAGAUGAAAAAUUAUUGCAUAUGGCUAAAUUGAUGCCAACACAAUGGCGAACAAUUGCACCGAUUGUGGGGCGUACAGCAGCACAAUGUCUUGAACGUUAUGAAUACUUAUUAGAUCAAGCUCAACGUCGUCGAGAAGGUUUAGAUGAAAUCAAUGAUGAUCCAAGAACCUUGCGCCCGGGUGAAAUUGAUCCAAAUCCAGAGACAAAGCCAGCGCGUCCAGAUCCAAUUGAUAUGGAUGAAGAUGAAUUAGAAAUGUUAUCUGAAGCACGUGCUCGUCUGGCAAAUACACAAGGAAAAAAAGCGAAACGUAAAGCUAGGGAAAAACAACUAGAGGAAGCAAGACGUUUAGCUGCAUUACAAAAACGCCGAGAACUUCGUGCAGCUGGCAUUGAAGUACGACGAUAUCAUAGUCGGAGACGUGGUAUCAAUUACAAUGUUGAAAUUCCAUUUCAAAAACUUCCAGCAAUUGGUUUUUAUGAUACAUCUAAUGAAGAAUUUGACCCAGAAAAAAUUGAUUUUCGUCGUUUGCGAAAAGAUAAUGUCAAUUCUGUGCAAAAAGAAGAGAAUGAACAACGUGAACUGAAAAAGGAUAAAGACAAAUUAAAAAGAAAAAAAGAAGAAGAUUUACCAACAAUGAUCAUGAAUGAAAAUAGAUUAGAACCAAUUCAUAAACGAUCGAAGUUGGUGUUACCCGCACCUCAAAUAAGUGAUAUGGAAUUAGAACAAGUGGUUAAAUUAGGACAAGCAACAGAAAUGGCCAAACAACAAGUGACAGAAACUGGUACAAUGGCAACAGAAACAUUACUGGGCGAUUAUAACUUGACACCAGAUUUGAGUAAAUUGCGAACACCACAGUUACCAUCAACACUUGACAGUGUCAAUAUUCAAGCACACAAUCUGAACAUAUUGACAACUCUUGAUACACCAUUGAAAGGUGGUCAAAGUACACCACUGAUGGAUGUUAGUAAUGAAAAAACAAAAUCAGGUUUAAUAAUGACAACGCCAAAUACGUUGUAUGCCACGCCGUUUCGUACUCCACGCGACGUGACAAAUAAUACACCAUCAACUCGAGCAAUUCAGACACCAGGUGAUAUUGUGAAUGGUACGGGAACUUUAUCAACAAUAGGCACAACGCCUGGAAUAACACCUGUUCGAGAUAGAUUAAAUAUUAAUGCUGAAGACGGAUUGUUCGAUGACCAAAUGAGACAGCAAGAAACCAAGCAACAGUUACGUCGUAAUUUAGCGCGUUUACCGGCACCAAAAAAUGACUACGAAAUUGUUCUACCUUCUGAAGAUGAUAGUGCAAGUGUAUUUUCACGUGAUGAUGAACGAAUGGAUACAUUUAAUAGGGAUGAAGAUCAAGGCGAUAUUGACCGACACACCCAACUAGAAAAGCAAAAACUAGCUCAAGAACACUUCAAACGUCAAACGCAAGCUGUACAACGUCAACUUCCAAGGCCGAUUGAUAUUAAUCAUACAGUACUACGACCAUCUACCGUUGAGGCACCGAUGAACGAUGUACAAAGGGCAGAGGAAUUAAUAAAACAAGAGAUGCUUGUAUUACUUCAUUAUGAUGCCUCGAAUAAUCCAGUUAAUGGUGCAUUGCAAGGUGGAAGAAAAGAUAUAUCAAAUAGUAAUGAGAAGAAUACAGAUUAUUUAGAUGCACAUCCGUAUGAACAGUUUAGCGAUGAAGCCCUUUCGCAGGCACGUACAAUGUUAGAAACAGAAAUGAAUUUAGUUAAGAAGAGUAUGGGACACGGUGAUAUUGGUUUGGAAACGUAUUCAAAAGUAUGGGAUGAAUGUUAUUCACAAGUGUUGUUUUUACCAUCAAAAAGUCGUUUUACUCGUGCAAAUACAGCAACAAAAAAAGAUCGCAUUGAAUCAUCAGAAAAAAAACUAGAGCUAAAUCGUAAUUUAAUGUCACUUGAAGCUAAACGUGCUGCAAAAUUGGAAAAGAAAUUAAAAACGUUACUUGGUGGUUAUCAGUCACGUGGGCAAGCGUUGGAUAAAGCUUUAAGUGAAAUUUACGAACAAAUUGAUCACUUACAAGUUGAAUCAAAAACAUUUGAAGUGUUACGUCAGAAUGAAACUCAUGCAAUACCGAAACGUAUUGAAUCUUUUACCGACGAUGUUAUAAGACAAGAACAACGUGAGAAAGAGUUACAGCGACUCUACCAGGAUUUAAUGGAAGAACGAAGUGAUCUGUUACAACAAUUAUAA